AUGUCUAUUCCAUUGUCUGGAGAUAUGUUGCCCUCAGCAUUAUUGUCCAGGAUGCGGGCUCUUCUUCCUAUAGAGCAUCAAGAAUGUUUGUUCCUUCGGUACGCUUUCCUCAGGCAACUUCCAUCUGAUGUAAGGUCACAUUUAGUGCAUGAUAAUACUGUGGACAUCGCUGUUCUCUCACAACGUGCUGACAAGAUCUACCGGAGCAGUCUGUCCCCCAGAUCUUCGGUUAACGCUGUAGAUUCAGUUCAUGCUGUGAAUGCACCUUCUUUACAACAGAACCGCCGACCUCAAUGUUCACAACGACCUUCUAGCCCUGUUACCCGCUGUUCCCAGACUCCUGCAGCUCCUUCCCGCCGUUCAACUUCACCAUCUUCUUGUUGGUACCACGCCAAGUUCGGUACAAAGGCCCUCAGCUGUCAAAGCCCCUGUUCUUGGUCGGGAAACUAG